AUCCUAGAAAAGUGCAGAAGCCGGCUGAUAGGGAGUAAUCCCCUCGCUGUCGUCCUUCUGUCCUCCUCUACGUCCGUCUGUUUUUACCUACAAAUGCUAUAGUUACUUUAAAACAGAACGUAGUCCUUAGCUCUUCUAUACACCGGGGGCCAAUCUGAUAUAAAAGGAAGCGAUGGCAACCUACCAGGAGUUCAUACAACAGAACGAGGACAGGGAUGGGGUGAGAUUCAGCUGGAACCUGUGGCCCUCGAGCCGCCUGGAAGCCACCAGGCUUGUGGUCCCUGUCUCAUGCCUCUUCACACCACUCAAAGAAAGACCCAACCUUCCACCGGUCCAGUAUGAGCCAGUUAUGUGCAGCCGGGCUAACUGCAAGGCAGUGCUUAACCCCUUAUGUCAAGUCGAUUUCAGAGCGAAAAUUUGGGCAUGCAACUUCUGCUUCCAGAGGAACCCGUUCCCUCCCUCUUAUGCAGGCAUCUCUGAAGUAAACCAGCCAGCUGAACUCAUGCCACAGUUUUCUACCAUUGAGUACAUAGUACAGCGUGCACCCACGGCCCCUCUGAUCUUCCUGUAUGUGGUGGACACAUGUUUGGAAGAAGAGGACCUCCAAGCCCUGAAGGAGUCCCUCCAGAUGUCCCUCAGUCUGCUGCCACCCAACGCUCUGGUGGGCCUCAUCACAUUUGGACGCAUGGUCCAGGUCCAUGAGCUCAGCUGUGAGGGGAUCGCCAAGAGCUACGUGUUCAGGGGCACCAAGGACCUCACCUCCAAACAGAUCCAGGAGAUGCUCGGAUUAACAAAGCCGGCGGCAGGAGCAGGGCAGCAAGGUCGCCCUAUGGCCCCUCAAGAUGCUGCAGCUUCUUGCAGGUUCCUUCAGCCCGUGCACCGAGUUGAUAUGAACCUGACAGACCUGCUUGGAGAGCUUCAGAGAGACCCAUGGCCUGUCCCUCAGGGCAAGCGGCCGCUCCGCUCCACUGGUGUCGCGCUGUCUGUUGCUGUCGGUCUUCUAGAGGGCACCUUCCCCAACACAGGAGCUCGUGUGAUGCUUUUCAUCGGAGGGCCGCCUACCCAGGGCCCAGGCAUGGUUGUGGGAGAUGAGUUGAAAACCCCCAUUCGCUCCUGGCAUGACAUCCAGAAGGACAACGCCCGCCAUUUAAAGAAAGCCACCAAGUACUACGAGGCCUUGGCCAACCGUUCAGCAGUAAAUGGCCACUGCAUUGACAUCUACGCCUGUGCCCUCGACCAGACAGGACUGCUGGAGAUGAAGUGCUUAUCUAAUCUCACUGGGGGUCACAUAGUGAUGGGAGACUCCUUUAACACCUCCUUGUUCAAGCAAACCUUCCAAAGAGUCUUUAACAAAGACUACAACGGAGACUUCCGCAUGGCCUUUGGAGGUGUCCUGGAAGUGAAGACAACAAGGGAGCUGAAAGUCUGUGGCUCCAUUGGGCCCUGUGUUUCACUCAACUCCAAGGGUUCCUGUGUGUCAGAGAAUGAGAUGGGUGUCGGAGGCACAAACCAGUGGAAAGUGUGCAGUCUCAACCCCUCCACCACUCUGGCCAUUUAUUUUGAAGUCGUUAAUCAGCACAAUGCACCAGUCCCUCAGGGCGGCCGAGGGGCCAUCCAGUUUGUAACCCAGUACCAGCACUCCAACACACAGAGGAGGAUACGGGUCACCACUGUCGCUAGGAACUGGGCAGAUGCUCAGUCCCAGAUCCAACACAUCGAGACGUCAUUCGACCAGGAAGCGGCCGCCGUGCUCAUGGCUCGCCUGGGGGUGUUCAGGGCGGAGUCGGAGGAGGGACCGGAUGUACUGCGUUGGCUUGACAGGCAGCUCAUCCGCCUGUGUCAGAAGUUUGGCCAGUUCAAUAAAGAUGAUCCUGCAUCCUUCAAACUGUCAGAGUCUCUGUCCCUGUACCCACAGUUUAUGUUCCACCUGCGGCGGUCGCCAUUCCUGCAGGUGUUCAACAACAGCCCGGAUGAAUCAUCCUACUACAGACACCACUUCGUCAGGCAGGACCUGACCCAGUCCCUGAUCAUGGUUCAACCCAUCCUCUACUCAUACUCCUUCCACGGGCCACCAGAGCCUGUGCUCCUGGACAGUAGUAGCAUCCUCCCGGAUCGAAUUCUGCUGAUGGACACUUUCUUCCAGCUGGUCAUCUACCACGGAGAGACCAUAGCCCAGUGGCGAAAGGCAGGCUACCAGGAGAUGCCAGAGUAUGAGAACUUCAAACAGCUGCUGCACGCUCCUCUGGACGACGCCCAAGAGAUCCUCCAGACGCGCUUCCCCAUGCCACGCUACAUCGACACGGAGCACGGAGGCUCCCAGGCUCGCUUCCUGCUCUCCAAGGUCAACCCGUCCCAGACCCACAACAACCUCUAUGCUUGGGGACAGGAGACAGGAGCCCCGAUCCUUACAGAUGAUGUCAGCCUGCAGGUCUUCAUGGAUCAUUUGAAGAAACUGGCCGUCUCCAGCUCUGCAUAGACCUCUUUAUUCCACCACAAAGGAGAAAGGAAUGAUUCUUGUUCUGCUACUGGGAUCCAUUAACAUUUCCUGUUUUUGUAAAGAAGAAGAACCCAGAUACUCGACCGUAUGUUUGCCUGAUUCUACUGUGCUCUGUCAUAAGAUUUGAUCACUAUGAUAUUUCCAUGAGACAAAAAAGGGAGAGGUAACACACCGUGUCUACUCGUUAUCACUGAAUAACUUAUUUACAUGAAAUCUCUAGAACCAGACUAUCCUCAUGUAAGCAAUAUCCAGCUCCUUUUCUAUUUUAUAUAAGCCUGACAUGUGGAAUGAAUAGACUAAUAUUCUGAAUUGUUUCCAUUUUGUUUGUUUGUCCUAAAAUGUAUAUCUACAUCUUCAGUCAGUUCAAGGUGCAGUUGGAUGUUUGUUCUGUCCACAACUAAAGAUGGUGUGUGAAUUUUCUCAUUAAUAAAUUCUAAUGGUACCUCUAAUACUUGUUCACAUGGCUUAUCGGUCUUGACGCUGGUGACAUUUAUAGUUAUGGUCCUACCUGAAAUGUAAAUUCCCUCCCUAAAUAUUGAAGAACUAUGUUCUGAGGUAUGGAAGUCAAUAACCUCAGCUCAACUGAGGUUGACUCUUUCAAUGACGAACAUUUAGCUUAAUAAUCUUCACCUUUAUAAAAGCACUCUACAGAUCAGUUCGCUCAUCCAGCCUUAUUCACCAUUCGGUGUGUUGCAUCCAACGACUGCCCAAGUGUCUUUGUAAUCAAACGUUAUUGUUCACGGAUCUUGUCUGGAUUCUUCAUGCUACUGAUAUAAAGGCCUCAGCAUGGAACU